GGCUUUCCUUGACCCCAAGGCAGAUGCAGGAGGCACUGACCCCUGGCCACCUGAAGAAGGCCAAGCUGAUGUUUUUCUUCACCCGCUACCCCAGCUCCACUCUGCUGAAGACCUACUUCCUCGAUGUGCAGUUCAGCCGCUGCAUCACCUCUCAGCUCAUCAAGUGGUUCAGCAACUUCCGUGAGUUUUACUACAUCCAGGUGGAGAAGUCUGCCCGGCAGGCGCUGCUGGAAGGGGUUGUGGAUGCUGGCACCCUCCAGGUCUCCCGGGGCUCGGAGCUUUUCCGCACCCUCAACAUGCACUAUAACAAGGGGAAUGACUUUGAGGUGCCAGGGCGGUUCCUGGAGGUGGCCAGCCUGACGCUGCAGGAGUUCUUCAGUGCUGUCAAGGCGGGCAAGGAUGCCGACCCCUCCUGGAAGAAACCCAUUUACAAAAUCAUUUCCAAACUGGACAGCGACAUCCCGGAAGGGUUCAAGGCUGUCAGAUGCUCCCAGGAUCUGCUCUGCAGCUGAGGCUCUGUGACACACAGCAGCCCUGGGUCCUGUGUGCAGCCAUCGUGUGCUAAGUACUUCAUGGGUGCUCUGUUAUUCUGAGUGUUUUCUCUCUGGCCUGACAGACAGCUCCUUGGGUGAGUGGUAUCUCUUGCCUCAGGUGCUGGGAUUUUAUGCUGUGUGUUUUAUUCCUGUGUUCAAAACUGGUAAGGUCUUGCCAGAGACCUCGGAGGGGAGGGACAGAGGUGAAGCCAUCAGGUUAGAGCCUGGGAAAUUAGCCUCCUGUAGCUCUGCCCCUGCCCCUAGGCCAGCUAACUUCCUUCUCUUCUCCAGAGGGCCACAGGUCAGGGCAAACAGCCUUUCUGUUUAUGAAGCAGGCAGAGGUUUUAUACUGGGCAAAGUUUUCUUGGCACAGCAGGCCAGUGGAUGUGCUCAGUCCAACAGCAUGCCUCGGUUUCUGUCCAGAUAUAGCACACCAGUGUCCAAAGAAAACAGCUGGCGAAUUCCAGCAUUUCAAGCACUCCGUGGGGAUAGCUGACUCUGUCUGGGAGAUGUAAAAACAGGGAUAUUUUUUUUGUAGCCAGCAUGAACUACACUCCCCCUGCCUCCCUUGUGUUGUCUGGCAAGAGCCCCCCAUGCAGCUGCAUUCUGCAGCCAAGCAGGUGAGUGUGUGCUGGUGGAAGCAGCCCAGGAGGGACCACUCACCAGCAGUACUAUCUGUGAUGCUGGGGAAGAGCAGAGUGCACAACCAGCCCCCAUCAGCCCAUCACCUGAGAGGAGAGCAUCAUGUUAAACUCCACCUGCCUCCUCUUACACCAUGCUUCUGCUGGCAAAAUUGCCCCAAACAUCUUGGCUCCUCAACCUGCCCUUGGUGAAAGAGGAGCACAUCAUUUGGGACCUCUCAGUCCUGUGGGUUUUAACAUAAGCUGGUGAGGAGCUGAGCCCUGAGGUCUGCAGCCCCACUGUGGUAGGGGUAUAAACCUAAGGAGAUUUCUUUUCCCUGUGACCAGGACUUGGUGGCCCCUUUUCAACCAGAUGGAGCAUGACAGAACACUGUGUGUUGAGGGUUCUCUUGUCAUGGCAGAAGUAGUGGUGAGGGGGAAAGGCUGUGAAGAGGAGGGAGCUACCGGGAGAGGCAUGGCAGGAGGGCUCUGUGAGGGCAGUGAUGCCUGUGUUCAUUUCUUGAGGUUUGUAUAUUUCACAACCCCAAAACCAAAUUUACUGGAUCCAUUUUUAAAUAAAGAGUUUCUCCUUUGUAUCCACACGGACCUCUGAAAACUUCUGCUCUGAAGCAUUACCCUGGGAAUUUCUUACCUUUCAUUGUGAAAAGAAUCACACUGCAGCUAAAGGGCUUACUCCUUCUGCCGCAUCCCUGCAGAGCUGAGCAGCUCCCUCUAACCACUGGUCUGGUUUAAACCUAACCCCAGUGCCUCAGGGUCAGUCUGCUCCUUGUUGGGGGGGGGAUCGGGAAGGAGGGGUUGGAGGCUGAUGAAGACACAUCCCAAAGCCUACAGGUGAAAGACUCAAAUGUACAGCAUCUGAGCAGUGCUGCUGGUGGCAUCAUGAAGGACAGGAUGGAGCUGUUCCUGAAGGCAAGAACUACCUCAGAGCUUAAGUAAGGCAUUGGGUAGGCAAAACUGAUGCUGCUGGAAAAGGAAAUGGUGGCCUGGCACAGAGAAGGGGUUAGUAAAUUCUUUUGGUCAUAGGUAAACAAUUAGGGGACACAGAUAUAGGUUUAGUGA